CUGUCAAAUGGUUUGUUUUGCGUCUGGUGGGGGUGAAGAACCCAAACAGGACACCUUCCUUCUGAAGGGUGAAAUUUUUCCUUCUUCCAGACUAGCAGUAGCAUUUAUUUGUCAAUUUAAGGUAGAAAAAGUUCGUAAAUUUAGAAGCAAUCUGUAGCCUUUCAAGUAGAUUUUCGGUUAGUCCAUUCCGAGGAGUUCAAAAUGCGUUGUGCCGUAUGUAAUUACUACACCUGGAGUUACUUCAUUGCGUUCGGGGAGAUUUUCGUCUCGUUCAAAGUAGCGUCGGCACUGCUGGCAUGUGCCCGGAUUAGCGAGCUGGACAGGGACAUCGGAUGCUACGAUGUGGAACCGAUAUUUGUACUGCUGGUUUUGUACAACUUUCUUUCGCUAAUGCUUAUCAUCGGAGUGGCAAAGCGCAUGGAAAAGCUGCUCCAAAUCUACCAGACCUGCACGAUCACCCUGAAGGCAUCGGCCGUCGUACGUCGGGCGGUCCUGUCCGCGACCGAGUACGACGAGUCCAAUAUGGAGAAAACCGUCGCCGAGAUGAAACUGGUCAUCAUGUUCACCUUAAUCUUCACCCUGGAAGCCCUGGUAGUGGCGGGAGCUGUUCGAAAAAUACGAAGAGAACAGCAGGAACCACAAUACUACAUAGACGUCGUCUAGGAGUCCUUUCGCCGUCCGAACCGUGGAGAUCCUCCACGAGAUUGUGUGUCAAAGUUUCCGGCCGAAAGAGGAGCAGUUAUUCCUGGAGUGUCCUUCCGUUGUGUGUGACCCAUACUUUUGUGGACUGAGGAGGCAGAAGAUGCAGUGCAGUAGUAAAUCCUUACAACUUACUAACUUAUCUCCGUUUUUUCGUCCUGACAAUAUAUACACAUUAUAUAUAUUUACAUUGUAACAUUUAUACGGCUCGACCCCCCAAAACUUAUGCGCAGACAAGCAAGAAUACAAACCCCGUAGAAUGCUUUCCAGGUCAAUUUAGUGGGGACACACCCGCGCGCGUGUCCAGUAGAAAUUUAUAGCGGUACAACUACAAUAGUGAUAACGUUUAACAAUUUUCGCCAAUUCCGAAAUGAACGCUUGAUUUAAAAAAAAAACUAACAAA